AUGACCCGCGCCGCGGCCGCGAGCCUCCUGCGCGCUGCCCUCCUCUCCCCGCGCCCCCCUCGGCCCCGCCACGAUCAGUUUUUUCUAAAUAUCGAUGUACGUCGAUCGACCGGCGCGAUCGCCUCUGAUGUUACGAUUUCGGAGUCCCGUCGCGCUAUGGCUCGAUCGUCGAGCUUGCCUCAGCUAAGCGAUUCGAUGGAUGAAAUUCCAGUAAAGCUGAUGUCGGAUGGAAGAAUCGCGAAUCGAAAUGGCACCGGUGUGACUUCGUGGAUCGGCGGAAUGUCAAUAACACAUGAUGGGAACCUGAUUGCUCCGGACAAAAUUAUGACGCACAUCCACCGUUAUGCGAGCCCUCACUACAACCCUCACGGGCACCAUUACCACCGCUGGAACCAUGAGCCGGGGGGGAGCGAAGAUCCCUUGUACGCGACCAAGACAGUCUACGGGCCAGGAUACAUUGAUGAAAACCAGAGAAUUGGAAAGGAAAACGGUAAACCAGGUGAUGAGAAGGUGGCUCUUCAGUCGACGUGCCACGUGGCGUUGGACGCUUGCAUCAAGGACAGCGAGUGCGUGACCUCUUUGACUCCGGUGCUGCAGAAGUGUCACACCAGCGACUGUGAUCGUGAAGGGUGCAUGGCGGCUCUCAGGGGGUUCUAUCGGAAGACUGGAGUGCAUUGGAAUACUGAGAUCGCUUUCUGCCUCUGCAAGAAAACAGACAAUCGCGAAGACUCAUGCAUGAACGCUCAGGAGCGUCUUCAUCCGUCGUGUGCGCAGCGCCCGGCUGUGGGCUCCCCACUCCCAGCCUGCCACACUCUUGCGCAUGCCUGCAGGGAAGAACCGGAAUGCAGGUCAACUAAACUGGUGUGGUUCUUUCCUCAAAAGACCACUACAGAAUGA